AUGGCUUCCACUUUCCGUACAACCGGUCGCAAGAUCGUGGCAAUCGGACGCAACUAUGCCGACCAUGCAAAAGAGCUAAACAAUGCAAUCCCAAAAGAACCAUUCUUUUUCUUGAAACCAACAUCUUCUUACCUUGACAACGGAGGAACAGUAGAAAUCCCAAAAGGAAUAGAUUGUCAUUUUGAAGUUGAACUUGGUGUGGUUAUCGGAAAGCGUGGUAGGGAUAUCAAACCAGAAGAUGCACAUAAACAUAUCGGUGGAUAUGCAUUAGCAAUCGAUCUUACAGCACGUAAUCUACAAGAACAAGUCAAAAAGCAAGGUUUACCUUGGUCUGCCGUAAAAGGUUUCGAUACUUUUUGCCCCGUUUCCACAUUUAUCGAACGUUCUCAAAUUCCUGAUCCACAAAACGUUCGUCUUUGGCUCAAAACUGACGAUCAAAUGCGUCAAGACGGUAAUUCAAAAGAUAUGAUCUUUCCCGUUUCGAGGUUGUUGCAGCAUGUAUCUUCCAUCAUGACUGUGGAAGAGGGUGACCUUCUCUUGACAGGAACACCAAAAGGUGUCGGGUCCGUUAAAGCAGGACAAAAGAUUCACGCCGGCUUAGAAGUCGAAGGACAAGGCUUGAUCACCGAAUUGCUCUUAAAAGUUAAAGACAGAGAAGGUGGUUAUGCAUUCCAAGCUUGA